AUGCCACAAUGUAUUUACAUAUCACAUGAACAGCAUAUUAAAACUAUACGUAAUUUAGCAAAAUCAAGUACGCGGGCGUACUCCUCCGUCCGCAGGCUUUUUGAAGGGCUGAUUUUAUCACUGCUACUUGAACUGUUUCGGUCUUCUUAUAAAUGUGAUACUCGGACUAGCGUCCUCACGCAUAUUGACCGAUUUCACACUGGCUUCUCCCAGGAACCACCGCUGAGAACGGGGAGAAUGUGCAAGCGGCUUGGCCAGCUACUACCAUCAGCGAUAGCGUGGUCGUUGAUCGUCAUUUGUACGCUUUGUUUUUACUACUUUCUUGCACCAGCCGUUGCAGUUCGAUGGGGAUGGUACGGAUGGGCGUUAUGUGGCAUUGAUCUCGUCAUUUUUCUUAUGGUGAUCUCCAACCUUAUAAUGGCGAUGUGUAUGGAUCCGGGGAUUCAUCCAUACGGGUACGCCACAGAGGAAAUGUCCACGGACGAUUUCCGCUCACCACUUUAUAAAAAUGUAGAAAUUAAUGGCAUAACCGUACGCAUGAAAUGGUGUGUAACAUGCCAAUUCUACCGUCCUCCUCGCUCGAGUCAUUGCUCCGUCUGUAAUAGGUGCAUUGAUACAUUUGACCAUCAUUGUCCGUGGGUUCACAAUUGUGUGGGAAGGCGAAAUUACCGAUACUUUUUCUUCUUUCUUUGUUUUCUUAGCCUUCACAUGAUAUAUGUUGCGUCGGUAUGUCUUGGUUAUACGCUUGCGCACAGAGAAGAUAUACUGAGCCGGCCAAAUUUAUGUUCGAUCGUUCUUCUUGCGUUAUGUGCGAUUUUAUCCGUCCCCGUGGUUGGCUUAACAAUUUUUCACAUUGUACUCGUCUCUCGUGGACGAACAACAAAUGAACAGGUGACAGGAAAAUUCCAAUCAGGAUACAAUCCCUUCACUGUUGGAUGCGUGGGUAACAUCCGACGAACAUUAUGUGGAAGUCAAUUUCCUUCCUUCGUAAAAUACGAGGAAUCGGCUGGAAAACGAGGCCGGAAAAAUCGAUCAGCUGUGGAGGAUGCAAAAGUUAAUGGAACAGCAAAGAAAGGGAUUCAAGACACAGAUGAAGUGGACGAAACAACUGUAUUAUAUGUUCCUGAUAAAGAUGGAGUGAAGGAUGGCCACAUCCGAUUGAAGCAGCUUCGACUACACGAUAGCCAGUCGGUUGGCACUUCGAUAUCAUUGACCGGAGCAGAACCUGCUUCACAACGAGAGCGUGAUGGAUCUACCUGUAAUUUGUUCGAGUCUGCCCAAGGAACCCCCAGGGUGAACAGUCCUACAUCGCCUGUAUCAGACGCUUAUCAAGCCAGUUUCGAAGAGGCCACACGUGACGCCUUGAAUCCUCAAAAGGGUCUUUCAGAUGUGUCAGUCGCUGCCUCGCAAGUGCUGAACAGUGAUCGUUCUCGACCGCGUGGCUUUGCCGAUGCAGUGAGGAUUCACGAUCAGCUGAGCUCGCCGGUGAAGUCAGUGCCGUUGUAG